AUGCUCUGGUUUCGGGUGCGUAACCUGCGCAUAUUUUCCUUCGAAAACAGCACAGAAUACUUCAAUGCUCCCGCGCUGCCUUGCUCAAUCCAAAUCGAAUCCCAAUUGUCAAACUCGCGAAAUUCUACGUGCGUCCGCUGCAUCAUGGCCCCGCCUCGGACCGCGUCGUCAGAGGGCGUUAUGCUGAUCCCAGCCGUCGCCAAGAACAGCACGACUGGCUACAAGAACGUGUCCUACAUCCGCGGCAAUAAGAAGUUCCAGGCGAAGGUGAAGGCUGGCGGCCAGCAUGUCUUCCUCGGCUACAGCCGCAGCACCAGCAGAAAGAAGUUCCAGGUGCAGGUGCGGGAUGGCGACAAGCAUGUCCGCCUCGGCUACUUCGACACCGCCGAAGAGGCGGCCACCGCCUACGCUCAGUCAGAGUACGGCCGCGCCGACGCCGCCAAGCUGCUGCAGCCCCGCCCCGCUCCCAUUCCCGCUGGCGCCGAGGCGAUACGGCAGGCGGAGAGGGAGGGCCUCACCCUCACCGCCAGUAGCAGCAGCAACACCGGCUACAAAGGCGUCUGCUACCGGCCCUACCGCCCGAAGCAGCAAGGCAGCCAGAAGUACGAGCUGAAGGUGAGGGACGGCGGCAAGCAAUCCAUCGUCCAAUUUGGACUAUAG